AAACAUUAUGAAACUCAUGAACCUGUUUAAUGUAUAAGACCUUGUAUUAUUAUACUCCUAUUUCUCUAUGUUUUCUCUUUAGUAUAUAUAUCUGACCACAAAAGGUUUCUGUACUCUAUCUGGAUUAUUCUCUCUAUCCUUAUCUUCUUCACCAACCUCCCUCUUCUUCCAAAGAUGGCUAGAAUCGCCUUCGGUCGCUUCGAUGAUUCCUUCAGUUUAGGCUCUCUCAAGGCCUAUCUCGCUGAGUUUAUCUCAACCUUGCUCUUUGUUUUUGCUGGCGUUGGCUCUGCCAUAGCUUAUAACAAGUUGACAUCAGAUGCUGCCCUUGAUCCGGAUGGGCUAAUAGCAGUUGCUAUUUGCCAUGGUUUUGCUCUCUUUGUUGCUGUUGCCGUCGGUGCCAACAUCUCCGGUGGCCAUGUCAACCCAGCAGUCACCUUCGGAUUGGCUCUUAGUGGCCAGAUCACCAUCCUCACGGGCAUCUUUUACUGGAUUGCACAACUUCUUGGAUCCAUCGUUGCUUGCUUCCUACUCAAGGCUGUCACUGGAGGCUUGGCAAUUCCCAUCCACAGCGUUGCCGCUGGAGUUGGAGCCAUUCAAGGAGUAGUGAUGGAGAUCAUCACCACAUUUGCUUUGGUUUACACUGUCUAUGCAACGGCGGCUGACCCCAAGAAGGGUUCACUUGGCACCAUCGCACCCAUUGCCAUCGGUUUCAUCGUUGGAGCCAACAUCUUGGCUGCUGGCCCAUUCUCUGGUGGAUCCAUGAACCCAGCCCGCUCCUUCGGGCCAGCUGUCGCCAGCGGCGACUUCCACGACAACUGGAUCUACUGGGUUGGCCCUCUAAUUGGUGGUGGCCUGGCUGGACUUAUCUACGGAAAUGUGUUCAUGCAGUCUGAACAUGCACCAUUGUCUAAUGACUUCUGAGCUGGCAUAGCUCAGUUGCCCUGCUCUUCGAAUCCAUUUGGCCAUGUAAUAAAAGAAAGAAUGGCGGUUUGGGCUCUUCUUUCUUUUUAGCAUCAUUUUUCUUUUUCUUUUUGGUUGUUGUUGUCAACGUUGCUUUGUGGAAAUGGAUGAGGUUGGUGAUGUGCAGCCACUCUUUUUUUUUUUUUCU